GAGAUUCCAAGUGAUUCCGCCGCAGCAGCCGCCGCUCCCGACCUGCAGCGCCCCGUUGCCCCGGAGAGCGGUUCCACCAUGAUCGGGCAGAAGUCCUUGCUCUCCUUUUUCACGGCGGCGCCCGGCAAGAAGAGGAGUCGCUCUCCGGAGUCAGCCGCGGCGGCAACUGAGGCCGCCAAAAGAUCGAAGAUUAAUGGCUGUUCCACGCGAUCUCCCCCGCUCAGCCCGGAACAGGUGGAGCGCAUCCGCAAAAACAAAGAGGCGGCACUGCAGAAGCUCGCAGCCCGUACCGCUAGCUACAUUCCUGCGGAGCUGGGGCAGAGCUGGAGGGUCUCCCUGGCCGGAGAGUUCGCCAAGCCGUAUUUCACUCAGCUGAUGACAUUCGUUGCUGAAGAACGCAAGCGCUGUACAGUUUAUCCACCCCAGCAUCAGGUCUUCACUUGGACCCAGCUGUGUGACAUCCAUGAUGUGAAAGUUGUCAUUUUGGGCCAAGAUCCAUAUCACGGGCCCAAUCAAGCUCAUGGGCUCUGCUUCAGCGUCCAGAGACCAGUUCCCCCUCCGCCCAGCCUGGAAAAUAUUUACAAAGAGCUUGCUGUGGAUAUAGAAGGCUUUUCACAUCCUGGCCAUGGAGAUUUGACUGGAUGGGCUAAACAAGGUGUGCUGCUGCUUAAUGCUGUCCUCACAGUCCGAGCUCAUCAAGCCAAUUCCCACAGAGAGAGGGGCUGGGAGCAAUUCACAGACGCCGUGGUCUCCUGGCUGAACGAGAACCUGGACGGCCUGGUCUUCAUGCUGUGGGGAGCUUAUGCUCAGAAGAAGGGCAGCUCUAUUGACAGGAAACGGCACCACGUCCUACAGACAGCACAUCCCUCGCCCCUCUCUGUGCACAGGGGUUUCUUUGGCUGUAAGCAUUUCUCCAAAACGAACGAAUUCCUGAAGAAAUCUGGGAAGCAGCUGAUCGACUGGAGGGCCCUGUAAGGAUCCUGAAACUCCCUGGAGACCACAAGAGCAGCCAUUUUUGUCCCUAACAUGCUGGAGAGCCUCUGCAGAAAUAUUCUUGGACGGGUUUCGUUGAAGCUGAUCUAAACAGUAUUCUUUUCACUUUUAAUUCAGGGUUAACCUGAGUCAUGGUGUUUAUUCCAAGUAUAUUUUUUAAAAUUUUGGAGCAAACGGAGAUUAGCCAAAGAACGCUGCCCUGUUUUUCUUCAAAUUCUUCAUCACUGUCAAAAACUUCCUGCCAAUCUUUUCCUUGCAAUCAUGACCCUGAGGUUUUUGUUUUUCCUUCUCUUAUGCUUCUCAGAGGAAAAUGGAAAUAUUGACAGCCAACAAGGUGUCUCUUUGUUUUGCCUCUGCUGAAGAAUUCAUUCAGCAAGCUGCUUAUUUCAUCCAAACUUGAAGCCUUAUCUACUUAUCCCAACUUGGUCUUUUUUUUUAAUCUGCCAACGAUUUAAGACUUUCAAAAGGUGCUAUGAAAAAUAAUUUUUAGUAGUUUGACUUGCAGGAAGUGGACCAACAGUUUGAAUGUAUUCCACUUUUGGGACCAGAUUUAAAAGUAUUGCCAGAAUUCUGUGGGAAAUGUUACUUAUGUAGUACAGAAAGGAGAGCUGCAGUUGGCUAAAAAUUACAAGCCAAAAGUUUUCUAGGAAACCAGUUUGUGUUUAGAUGAGGGCUUGAUUGGCCUGCGAGGCUUCGCACUUGGGGUGCAGCCAGUCCUCAGUCUGGUGCAGAAAGAAAGCCGGUUCUGGCACCAACCUCGGGUAUCUCACUUCUGCCAAACUUAGGUGCCUUUUCGAUGCUGCCCUAGCCCAACGUCUCGGUUGCAGGUUAUUCCCACAGGAGCCGUUGCUGAACUCCCAUCAGCUUCUGUGUGUGAGAAGAAGAAGCCUUGUGUUUCGUAUGCAAAUUGCAUAUGGAGAACUUCCAGCUGGUAUAUUUAUAAUACCAAUUUUAAGACACUUUUUUCAAAAAAAAAGAAAACCACAUCUUUCCUGUAACACUAGUUCCCUACAUUGACGUGUUCCAAAGUUUUCAAAUAAAUGUUUCUGAUAUUUACUUGAAAUC